AUGGGGAUAGUGGUGGGCCAUUCGCACUCGGUGCAGUUCGUGCUGCGGCCCGGCGACGGCGCGAUCAUCCACGCGAGUAAAGGAGCGGUCAAGGCGCUCGGUUACUCGCGCGACGAGCUGCAAUCGACGUCUCUUCUCCGCCUGGCCGCGCCUUUCCCGCUCAGCGACUGGCGCGCAGUCGUACAGCGCCUAGAGACGGCGCAAAUCGACUCCGCCGCGCUCCCCCUCACCCUCACGUGCCCCGCCGCUGCACCCGCCGCCGCUUCCGCCUCGUCCGCCGGGGCUGCUGCUGCUGCGGCAGCGCUUCUAGACCCCCUUGCGGCGAUGUCUGAAUCGGAAGGAGAGGAUGGGAAGGGAGUGAGACGGUUCACCAAGCAAAGAACCGCGUCUGGAACGGAUAUGGGCCGGUUUGGGGGAGGCAGUGAUGUGAUUUUAACGGGGUUUGACUCAAGUGAAGGAGUAGGAGAGGAAGGGGGAGUGAGGAGUGGAGGGGCAAGAGCAGGUGGUAGUUUCGGUAGUGGCGGUGGUGGUGGUGGUAGAGGGGGAAGAAGUGGACCGAUCAGCUCGGAAAUUGAGGGGCGUUUCGAUGCAAUACCCUCAUCCCCGUUUUCCACCACCUCGUCAUGGGAACCUCCUCCUCCUCCUCCUCCUUCUCUCCCUUCUUCUGUUACUCUCCCUUCGGCUGCCCCCCUUUCUGCUGCUCCUGCUGCUGCUGCUGCUGAUCCCCCCCACAGCAUUAACACCAGCUCUAGUCUGGUUACCACCACCCCCACCACUGUUACCACCGUCAGUAGUGGCACUGGCAGCAGCGGCAGAGGCAUAGGCAGCAGCAGCGGCAUAGGGAGUAGCCGCACCAGCUUUACCCGUGCUGAUAGUGAACCCCCCAGCAGCCGCUUUCUAGGCAACAGCCUUGCAGGUGGCAGCACUCUUACAGGUGGGGGGGACCACACAGGCAGCAGCUUAACAGGUAGGGGCCACUUGGACAGUGGCCGGACAGGCAGCGGUCACAUGGGCAGCGGUCACACAGGCAGCAGCAGUGGCAGUGGCUUCACGGGGUUCAGGGGCGCUUGGUCGGGGAAUCUUAUAGCGAGUGAGCAGCUGGGGGUGGAGACGGUUGAUAUGGCGCAGAUGGAGCUGCCUGUAGCGGGGAUGGCUGGGUUCUGGAGUGAGGAAGAGGGGAGGGCGACUGGGGGGCGUGCGAGAGGGAGUGGGUGGAGCAACAGAGAGGGUGGUGGUGUUGGUGGGGGUGGAGGAGGAGGGAGUGGGGGGAAAGGUUCAGCCGCCCAGGGUUCGGCCGCCCAGGGUUCGGCCGGCCAGGGUUCGGCUGUGCAUGAGACACCUGCGUCUCCCUUCGCCUUCCCCUCCAUCCACAGCCAAACGAUUCAAGGAAACAUUUCCUCAAACCCAGAAAGAAAUCUUUCGCUUUCAGGGCAGCUUUUAAGAAUCCGUAGAAGCGGGUCAGGUAUACCUUCCGGGCAGGACAACAGGGUGAAAGAGAAAGACGGCGGUGCGAGGAACGGGGCGAGAGGCGAGGAGGAGGAGGAAGAGGAGGAUUCAGCAGCAGCAGCAGCAGCGGCGGCGGCGGCGGCGGGUGCAAGGAGCAGUUUCAGCUUCAACGUGCCUCGUUCCCUCGUGCCUCUUGCUGCUGCUGGUGGUGAUGGUAGUGGUGGUGGUGGUGGUGGUGGUGGUGGUGGUGGUGGUGGUGGUGGUGGUGGCAUCAAGAGCAGCAGGAGCAGCAGCAGAGCGGGGUCCAUAGAUGUGAGUGAUCCUGCUGCGGUGGCCGCUGCUGCUGUGGCGACUUUUGAGGCGAUUCAAAAGUCUGAUCCUGCUGCUGUGGCCGCUGCUGUUGUGGCGGAGCAUCAAGCUGAGCUUGCUGCUGCUGCCGCUGCUGGUGAUGCUUCUGCUGGUGGCGGUGCUGCUGCUGCUGUAGCUGCUGCUGCUGGCAUUGCUGCUGGUGCUGGCUAUGCUGCUGGUGCUGCUGAUGCCGCUGCUGUUCCUGCUGGUUCUACCACUGGUGGUGCUUCUGGUGCAAGUGCGGGUGCUGCUGGCAAUGCUGCUGGCAAUGCUGCUAGCAGUGCUGCUGCUAGUGCAGGCGGCAGUGUGACUGGCAAGGGCAAGGCAUCCUGGCUCCGCCACAUGCUAAGAUCCACUUUCGGAUCCGUAAAGGCCCCUCCAUCCCCUCGCCGCGCUGCUGCUGCUGCCGCCGCUGCUGCUGGUGGUGGUGCUGAUGGUGCUGCAUCAGGCUCUGGACCCAAAUUUGCUGGUAGAACUACUGGUGGGUCUGAGUCUGACAGUGCUUCCAGGGGCAGGAAGAGUGCUGGGUGGAAGAGAGGAGAGGGGCCAUGGAUAGCAGACGGGGAGAGGAGGCGCAGGAGCGCGAGUGGUGUGGACGUGCAGAGGAGAGCGAGCAAGGAGGGAGAGGAGGAGGGAGAGGAGGGGGGAGUGGAGGAGGGAGAGGGGGAGGGAGAGGGGGAAGAAGCGGGGGCGUUGAGAGGAAGGUCUGUGACAACUGGAUCAGCUGGGCUGGUUCGUUCAGACCCUCACUCCUUGUCACUUCGUGACUCUGCUUCGGAUGCUGCCGGCGCUGCUGGUGCUGUUGGUGGUUCGGGUGGUGCUGGUGCUGCUGGUGCUGCCAAUGGUGCUGGUGCUGCACGUGCCAGCGGUAGCAGGGAUUGCAGCUGGGAUGGCGGUAGGGGCGACAGUAGGGGAGACAGCAGGGGGGGUAGCAGGGGUGCCAGCAGCAGUAACAGGGAAGACAGUAGGGGGCCUAGCAUCAGCAGCAGGGGUGACAGCAGGGGAGACAGCAGGGGGGUGAGCAUGAGCAGCAGGGGGGGAAGCUGUGAGAUGGUGCACGUGCAUGCGGUGGUGGAUCUGCAGCUGUUUCACAUCGGAGGCUGCUCGGACCUCGUUGCUACUGUGCACUUGCCCUCUCCCUACUCCGUACCUUCUUCCCGGCCAACAUCUGGACAGCUCAUCCCCACGAGAUCACCACAGGCAACCACCACCCCAUUCCCACAACAACAGCACCAGUCACAGCAGACAAGGCAGCAGCAGCAGCAGCAGCAGCAGGCACACACACAAACAGGGACAGCAAUGGAGGUGCAGGUAUCAGGCACAGCCUAUGGUCAAUCUCAGCCGAUGCCCCUCCAACCUCCAUCCGAUCUUUUCCUCCAUCCCCACCCUCACAACCACUCCCAACCCCACAGCCCUCACUCUCAUCCGUAUGCUCACCCACACCCUCAUCCACACCUCUCAAACAACCUGCAACACCAUCAGCAGCAGCAGAAGCAGCAUCACAUGCAGCAUCAGCAGCAAUACCUGCAGCUGCAGCCGCUGCAGCAACAACAGCAGCAGCAGCAGCAGCAGGGCAUGUCCCAACCGCCUCUUGUUUCGCCCCGUCGCCCUCCUUCCCCUCGUGGUGUGGCACAGCGGCAACAGCACCAGCAUCACCAGCAACACCACCAGCAGCGGCAUGAGCAGCCACUCUCUCCCACACUCGCUCUCACUUCCCCUCUGUCCUCAUCCCUCCCUCUCACUUCGCAUAUCCCUUCAUCAUCCCCCCACGGCAUAUCCUCUUCUCAUUCUCUCCCCCCAUCGUCCCCUAGACAACCUUCCCAAGCCACAUCCCCCCUCCCUCUCCUCACUCCCCAACGUCCCCACCCCUCAUCCUCCUCUCCCUCUCCUCUCUCCUCCCCCUUCCCUCUCUCCUCUCCCUCUCCUCACUCCGCCUUACCCCGCCCCACCCACUCCCAUCUACCCCUCCAGCCCCCACCCCCCCAUCUCCCCCCAUCAUCCCACCUCAUUACAAGAACUUCGUUACAGUCACCUACGCCAAGCUCUCUAACUUGGGAGAGUGCUUCCUCUUAUCAAGAUGUGCUUACAACGGAGGCUGUGGAGAGGGGCAGGCCUCUUCUCGACCUGGCAGGCAUAGGGGCUGUGACUCUAACGGGGGAAGAGGGCAGGGUUACCCUGUGCAACCUGGCGGCCAAUAGGAUGCUUGCGGGGAGAUUCUCGGCCAAUGGGGUGGCUCUGGGCGGAGUGCCAGCGUGGCAGGUGGAAGGGCGGGUGCUGAGCGAUUUUGUUGAUGAGGCAUCACGCGGUGCUUUCAUGUGCGACUACACAGCUGUGUGCACGGGCCUAUCGCAGCGCUCCCAGCAGGAGGCGCUCCCAGCAGGAGGCGCUCCCAGCAGGAGGCGCUCCCAGCAGGAGGUGCACGGGCCUAGCGCAGCUUUUCUUUCCCUUUUCCUCUCUUCCCCUCCAUUACCCUGUCCCCUUCUUUACCCCCAUCAGUCUGACUACACAGCUGUGUGCACGGGCCUAGCGCAGCGCUCCCAGCAGGAAGUGCGGUCCGACUACACAGCUGUGUGCACGGGCCUAGCGCAGCGCUCCCAGCAGGAAGUGCGGGUGAGCAGCAGACGGGGCGAUCAGAUGGGUGCGGCUCACAUGCCACCCGCCCCUUGCAUCCUCACCUUUCCUCCCUCGCUCCCCCUGUCCCAUUCUCUGCCCCAUCAGUCUGACUACACCACAGUGUGCACGGGCCUAUCGCAGCGCACACAGCAGGAGGCGCGGGUGAGAGCAGCAGACGGGGCGAUCAGAUGGGUGCGGCUCACAUGCCACCGCAUCAAAUCGAGAGCGGAUAGUAAAGCGCCGCAACGCAUUAGUUCAGAGGGAGGAGGUGUGCCCCACUGUUACCACGCAACGCCUCACAGCUCUAUGAACCCGAAUAGUGACGGCGGUGAGCCUUACCGCAUCAGAGCAGGCUCACCACCCGUCGUCGCGACGAGUUCGGAGGGUGAUUUGCCUCGCAGCGCCGCGAUUGCAGAAGUCGGUCCAUCACAUGGUAUCAGAGCAGCAGGCUCACCGUCACCACAGGUCGCACUGAGUUCGGAGGGUGAUGCGACUCACAGCACCACCGCAGCAGGCUUGCUGGUCACGAGUACAGAUGGUACAGAUGGUACAAGUGCGGAGGGUCACCCUUCGGAGGGUGGUAGUGUUACUCCUCCUCACACCGAGCCCACUCGCUGUUCCAUUGGUCAAGGGGCAAGUGAGGGGGACGGAGGAGCUGUAGCAGCACAGGAUGUAGCAGAAGCGGCUGUAGCAGACGGGGCUGUAGCAGAAUUGGCUGUAGGUGGGGAAGUUGCAGCUGAAAAUGCUAGAGUUGGGGAGGCUGCAGCUGGGGUUGCUGCAGCUGAGCUGGCGAACGAAGGGAAAGAGGAUGGCGGUUUGAAUGGAUACAGAGGAGAAGGGAGGGGUGUGGUUAUUGAGAGACCAGGCGAGGAGGAGGAGGAGGUGGAAAGGAGAGAGGACGGGAAGGAGGAGCGAGAGGAGGAGGAGACACGAGAGGAGGAGCGUAAGGCACAGGAAGAGGAGGACGGGAAGGAGGAGCGGAAAGAGGAAAGGAAAGAGGAGCGAGAGGGGGAUGGCGAGGAGGGGGGAGAUGAGGAGGAGAAGGUGAGGGAGGUGCAGGUGCUGUGCCUAUUGGAGGAUAUCAGCGACAGGAAGGCACUGGAGCAGAGCAUGUGGAAGUACAAGAUGAUGGUGGAGAAUCUACCAUUCCCUCUCUUACUUGUGUCCCUUUUCUCCUAUCACCCGUUCUCUCCCCCUCUUCCUGCCUCACCCCCCCAUCAGGAGCAGGAGGAGCAGAGCAUGUGGAAGUACAAGAUGAUGGUGGAGAAUCUACCAGGCGGCGCUGUCUUAAUGACCAGAGCACUGGACGGCCGACAGGAGGUGCUCAUCAACUCUACUGCUGCUCACCUGCUGGGGUGCGCCCGCGGGGACAUUGACAGCGUGGAGAAGUGGUUCCGGGCGCUGUAUGGGCGGGAGAAUGCGGCGAAAGCGCAGAGGAAGUACGAGGGGAGAAGGAUGGGCGCUGCGCGGAACAACGUUUUCAAUACUGUGCUGCCCAUUCGGCGCAAGGACGGAUCCAAGCUGCUGCUGGAUGCCACAUCCUACUCGCUGGGCUUUGGCGAUAUGUGGCUGGUGAAUGACAUCACAGAGAGUCGCAAGAACCAGUUCAAGUUCAAAAUGCUCUUUGAGCUCUCCUCCGUGAGUCUCAUGGUGCCUGUAACUGUAGCUGCUGCUCCGGUGUGUAGUCUGCUCCCCUCUGUGAAUGAUCGUCUCUCAGUAGCUGCUCUCCUUGGUGAGGCUGCUGGUUGUGUGCCUAGUCCCCGGCAGGACCCCAAGCUACUCCUAACGAAGGCGGGGCGCAUUUUUGACUGCAACCAAGCAGCAGACCCCAAGCUACUCCUGACCAAGGACGGGCGCAUGUUUGACUGCAACCAGGCGGCAGACCCCAAGCUACUGCUAACAAAGGACGGGCGCGUGUUUGACUGCAACCAGGCGGCAGUGAGAAUCCUCAAGUGCCCCACCAAGGAGUCCCUCCUCGGCCGCACGCCCUGGCGCCUCUCGCCCCUCCAGCAGCCCACCACCAAGCAGCCUGCCUCCGCUCUUAAAGCCAUUCUCGCCCACCUCGCUGCCUCCAACCAGCCCUCCAACCGAUCCUCAGGCUCGGGAAACUUCUAUCCGGGCCUCUCCGGUUCGUCGUCACCGUUUCCUGCCACCCCUGCCGCCACCGCUGCUGCUGCCUCCGGCUCGGCGGGUGGUUCGGCAGGAGUCUCGGCAGGAGGCUCGGCGGGAGGCUCGGCAGCAGCAGACGCAACCAGUGGCCUGGCGGGAGACUCGGUGGGAGGCACGGGGAACAGGUGGCGGCGAUUCGAGUGGGUCUUCCGGGACGAAGAGGGAGGAGAAGUGCUGGUCGAGGUCCUCUGCCGCAUGGUCGAAUUUUUCGGGGAAAACGUCUAUCUCAUGGUGUGGCACGACAUAGCCGAGGUGAAGCGGAAGGAGGCGGACUUGCAGCGGGCGAAGCUCGAAGCAGAAAAAGCCAGCCUGGCGAAGACCCAGUUCCUGGCGAAUAUGAGCCAUGAGAUUCGGACCCCGAUGAACGGCGUGAUCGGGGUCGCGGAGCUGUUACUGGAUACGCCCUUGUCGGAGGAGCAGCAGAUGCUGGUGAACACGAUCCGGUCGUCGAGCCAGGGGUUGCUGCAUAUCCUGUCGGACAUUUUGGAUCUGAGCAAGAUUGAGAAUGAACGGAUGGCGCUGGAGUUUGCAGAGUUUGACGUGAGGGAGCACCUUGCGCACUCGCUGGCGCUCUAUGAAGUUUCUGCAAGAGACAAGAAGCUGCAGGUGAGAGUAUUGGACCUGUGCAAGAUUGAGAAUGAACGGAUGGCGCUGGAGUUUGCAGAGUUUGACGUGAGGGAGCACCUUGCGCACUCUCUGGCGCUCUAUGAGGUGUGUGCCCGGGAUAAGAAGCUGCAGCUCAAGUCCCACGUGAGUCGCGACGUGCCGCUAAAAAUCCUAGCAGACGCAGUGAGGGUGAGACAGGUUUUUCUCAACCUCGUUUCCAACGCCAUCAAGUUCACCGCCCGCGGCCGCGUCACCGUGCGAAUCUCCACCGUCGAUCCCGCCGACUCGGGCGGCAGUGGCGGCGGGCGGCGGCGCGAGUCGUUCUCGUCCCUAGCGCCGCUGCUGCAGCUGGAGGAGAGGCGGGGGGAGCCUGUGGAUAAAGUCCUGCUCAAGUAUUCAGUGUCAGACACGGGAAUCGGAAUCUCCAAGGACGUGCAGGGGAGUCUCUUCCAGGCGUUCACACAGGCCGACAACACCACGUGCAGGCGGUUUGGCGGCACGGGGCUGGGCUUGGCGAUCUGCAAGGCGCUGGUGAACCUCAUGGGGGGGGAGAUCUCUGUCUCCAGUGUGGAGGGGCAGGGAUCCACCUUUGAGUUCACCGUCUGUGCGGGAGUGAGUGAGGACGUGGGCCAGUGUGGGUCAGUGAGUGAGGAGGGAGACGGGGAGGAGGAUGAGGGAGUGUAUGAUAGUGUGUGUGAGAGUGAGGAUGAGGAGGAGGGAGUGGGGGAGACAGAUGAGGAGGGGCAUGAGGAGGAGGAAGAGGAGGGGGAGGAGGAGGAGAAUGGGGAUUCAGGUUCGGAAGAUGAUGAACCGGAGAACUUCUCUCGCUCGCGGACCACCCGAACCUCCCUGGAUUACCGAGCCUUGACUGUCCGAGGCUCCUUAGGCCUCCCGGUCCGCAGCCGAACCGCCGACUCAGCAAUGGGUGCAGGUUCGCGCCGUCUGGCCCUCACCAUACCAGCCACAGGUUCGGAAAAGAGCAGAAGCAAGAACAAGUUAAAAGGUGCAAUUAAGGGAGGAGCCCAAGUCUCGUCAGGUUCGGACCAGACGUCCAGCCGAGGUACGGCAAGCGCCGGACCAUUUUCCCCCACCACAAUCGCCCAGGCCAACGCUUCUGGUGCGUACGGAAUUGCCAAAGCUGCUGCCGGAGCUGCAGGUUCGGCAACCAGCCUCGGAACCACUAGCGGCCGAAGCAUAGCUGGUGGGCGGCAUCGCUCGUUUGAAGAAGCAACGCCAGUGCUGCCGGCUGUAGCGCGGCAGUGGAGAGUGCUUGUAGCAGAAGACAACAAAGUCAACCAGUUAGUGGUAACCCGCAUGCUCAAGAAUCUAGGGCUCAGAUUCGACGUCGUGGACAACGGGUUGCAAGCUUUGGAAGCUUGUCUUAAGAGUAGAUACGAUUUGGUUCUGAUGGAUUGCCAUAUGCCGGAAAUGGAUGGGUUGGAGGCUACUAGGAGGAUUAGGAAGGCCGAGGCAGAGAGGAGUUGUCGGAGUGAGGGGGAUAGCCGUAGUGAUUGUAGUGAUGGUGAGAGCAAUGAGAGACGGAGGAGGGAAGAUGGGGAUGCGGGUGCUACUGGUGCAGCAGCUGCUGCUGCUGGUGCUGCAGUGGCGGUGGGUGAUGGGUUGAGUAGGAGUGGCAGAAGCAACAGGAGCAGUGGUGGUGCUGGUGGUAUGAGCAGGAGUGGCAGUUCUAAGAGAGCAGGGAAUGCUGGUGGAGUGAGCAGGCGGGAUAGCGGAAGGGGCAGUGGUAGGUUUAGUGUGGUGGAGAACGGCAAAGAUGGAGGGUUGGGGGAGCAGGAGCAGCAGGAGGGAGAGCAGGCGCCGGUGGUGAUAGCGGCGCUGACAGCGAGUGCGUUUGACUUUGAGAGAGAGGCGUGCUUUGCUGCGGGCAUGGACCACUUCCUCACCAAACCCAUCCGCCCCAAAGACCUGCAGCAGCUGCUGCUCUCCCUCGCCACACCCUCUUGA